ACCGCCAUCAUAACCGGCGCCAACACCGGCAUCGGGCUCUCCACAGCCCGCACCCUCCUCCACCUGCACCCCAGAACCCUCAUCCUCGCCUGUCGCAACCUCCCCUCCGCAUCCACAGCCCGCGACACCCUCCUCGCCUCAUACCCCAGCACCAAAACCAACAUCAUAACUAAACAUCUCGAUCUAUCUUCCUACGCCAGCGUACGGUCCUUCACGCGGGAAAUCACCUCCGAGGUGGAGAACUUGGAUUUACUGGUUUUGAACGCCGGAAGCGCCUUCUUUGCGGAUUUCCAACUAGGAAACGAGGGCAGGGAGAGGACAGUCCAGAAUAUGUUUCUUUCGAAUGUCCUUCUCUUACUGGGCUUAUUACCCCUGUUGGAGAAGAGUGCUGGACGGGUUACGUGGGUGGGGUCUCGACGGGCGUAUGAAAUCAUUACCCGUUCUCAUCCAGAUACCACUUUUCUGAAUAUCGAGUCUGGGUCGAUAUUGGACUGGUUUGAUAGAGAAGAGGGGUAUGAUAUGAUGAACCGCUACGGGGAGGUGAAGUUUCUCUGUUUGGCGUUUUUUUAUGAACUUGCCACAAGAUUACAGCAGAGAGGAGGGGAGGGAGGGGGAAGGGUGAUACUGAAUAUGAUAUGUCCCGGCGCGGUACGAACAAACCUAGCGAGAAAUUUACCGGUUUGGUAUCGGCCGCUGGUGUGGGUAUUUCAGAAGUUAGUGAGUCGGAGCGCGGAGGAGGCGGGGGUGUUGGUUGUUCGUGCUGGGGUUGUGGUGGGAGGAGAGAGUCAUGGGGUUUUCUUUGGGGAUCAUGAGGUUGAAAGGGUGCAUCCGUUUUUUGAGUCCGAUGAGGGGAAGCGUGUCGUGAAGGGCAUUUGGCAGGAGACUAUGCAGGAGAUGAAGCGGGUGGGGGUGGUUCCG